ACUCAUGUUAAUUUAAUUCGUCAAUUGCUUCGAAACAUACCAAAUGUCCCUUUCAACCGUUUCAUUUGAUGAAAAGAAAGAAAACUACGGGAGAUUUUUUGACCCAGAAAGCUAUCUGAAGUUUUACUUUUGCCAGCCAACAACGGACUCUAAUCAGGAUGUGUUUCCCUCCUGGAGUCUAAGUGAUCGGGAGUUGAACAAUGAAAUUGUUCGGGCAAUUCGCUUCAAAGUCAGAACCAUGAAGUUUUGCAUUGAAAAUGCACUGCGGCCCAAGAAGAAACCCGUGAAAGUACUGGAUCUAUCCACUGGCCCAUUUUGCGGUAAUGUUAUGUUUGCUUCUGGAUUUGACCAAGUUACUGAAAUUGUCUGCUCUGACUUCUUGGAAGAAAAUCGGAAAUACAUCAUACGAAUCAUCGAGGUGCCAAACUCCUGUGACUUGUCGGAGGCCUUCACUUGGACCAAAUUCACUAAGUGGGCGUACGGAAACGCCGAUCUUGUCAAUUUAUUUCGAAAGAAAUGUCGUGAAAUUAAAUUUGUGGACAUGAGCAAAGCUUCGGCGACUGGAAUGAGCGAAAUUGAAUCUUCCGCUCCAUAUGAUCUGAUUAAUUCUGAAUGGGCCUUCUGUGAGGGUUCGCGCGACUUGGAAAACUACAAGGUUCUGAUUCAGAAAUGCAACAAAAUGCUACAAAAAGGAGGAUCUUUGGUGCUUUUAGAUUUACUGGAGCAGACGUUUUGGGUUCCAGACGCCUCGCGACUCGACAAUCGGAUGCCAACAGUUUGUGUUUCGCAAGAUUGGUUGAAGAAAACUUUGAUUCAAAACGGAUUUGCGGUUGAACAUAUAAUACUUCAUUUUUAUGAACAAAAGCACUCUCCUAUGUUCAACGCUAAGGGUAAUAUUCUUGUUUGGGCAAGUAAAACCCACGAAGUAUAAUGCGUUUCCCCUUCCUCGUAUA